GACGCAUACCAGCUAACCAGUUUCCAUAAAACCAGUGCCAGGUGCGGUUCCGCCUAUUGCGUCCAGGCUCGUUUGGACUCCCGCGUCCCCGUGGUUUGUGCUCUUUUUGUUUCCCGUCUUUUCGUUUGUUUCUGUGCAUAAAUAGGGGUUCGUCGUAUCGAUAAGCGGAUAAAAGUGAAUGCAGUGGAAAGUACGCAAAUGUUGUCCGCAAAGUGAAGCAAGCGUUCGUAGGCUGUGCAAAAAUAUUUAGUCCAAUGAUCACAGAAGACACCGGAAAGCCCCGGAUGGGAAAACCCCCCAAAGGAAAGUGCCACAAGUUUGUUUUCGUUCGUCUCAUCCACUACGGUCCAAGUUUAUAAAUCCAGCACCGUCCAAUUUCGAUUCGCGCCAAGGCAAGGCGGUUACUUAACACCGAGCCCGUCCCAAGAUCAUCAUCAGCUGUGCGUUCGGAUACAAGACGUGUGCGUGUGUGACGGUGCAGACGGUGCAGACGGAACAGGCCAAUCUGCGAAUUAUUUUUCCAACCGCAAUUGCAAUCGAACCAAAAUCGUACCUUAAUUUUUCGAGAGAGAGAAAAAGGAAAAAAAAAACCUCGACAACACAUGUAACCAAACGAAAGCGAGAGUGAGAUAAGCGCGAAAGUGUUCGAUACGGUGUAGUUGUUGCAGUGCAGACAGUAACGUGUGUACGCAGCGCCGUCAUCGAUUGCGCGUGCCGUGUGUUGUGCGCGCGGGGUACGUUCGGCCCAUACGCAGCGCAAAGCUGUAACACGCCGAGGAAUAAAAAUAAACCCGACUAAAGACGGCGCGCUUUGGGGAGGCACAGUACAGCGGUUUGGUGCAAUCCGUGAAAAUGCAGCAACUUCCGUUCGUUUCGAUUGGAUUGGUUUUCAUUGCGCUGGCGGCGUUCCAGAGCAUCACGGAAGCUCAAAAGCAGGAGAACAAAAAUGUCUUCAAUACCAGCUCAUGCCUGGAGAAACCGUACCGCUGUCCACAUCCCCGGAUCAAGUUCUAUCUGUACACGCGCCGCACCCAGCAGACGCCGGAGUUGAUCGACGUUUUGGACCCGGAAUCGCUCUACUACACGCACUGGAAUCCUUCGCAUCCGGUGAAGAUCGUUAUCCAUGGGUUCGGUGGUGGUCGUAAUCUGUCCCCGAGUCCCGAUAUGCGCAAGGCAUACUUUACCCGCGGGAACUACAACAUCAUCAUCGUAGACUACGGAUCGGCAGUGACGGAGCCGUGCUUGAAUCAGAUCGAAUGGGCUCCACGCUUUGGAAGUCUCUGUGUCUCGCAGCUGGUGAAGUACAUUGCCAACCACCCACGGGGAGUCCCACCGGACGAUAUGCAUCUGAUCGGGUACAGUGUUGGAGCGCACAUUGCUGGAUUGGUGGCGAACUAUCUGACUCCUGCGGAGGGCAAACUGGGACGGAUUACUGGGCUCGAUCCAACAAUCUUCUUCUACGCGGGAUCUAACAAUUCGCGUGAUCUUGAUCCUUCGGAUGCACACUUCGUUGACAUCAUACACACGGGAGCGGGUAUUCUGGGACAGUGGAGUCCUGGAGGACAUGCAGAUUUCUAUGUGAAUGGAGGCACGAGUCAGCCAGGCUGUGCUAGCUCCACCAUCUUUCAAACGCUUGCCUGUGAUCACACGAAAGUGACGCCAUACUUCAUCGAGUCCAUCAACAGCGAACGAGGAUUCUGGGCUGGACCGUGUCCAACGCUGAUUUCAUAUCUGCUUGGCUGGUGCGAACCGAAAGACUCCGAGUACGUCCUCAUGGGAGAGCAUCUAUCAAGACAAGCUCGUGGUGUGUUCUACGUCACAACAAACGCUAAACCUCCAUAUGCCCGUGGAUUUCCAGGCAAAAACCGCCGAACAGCAAAAACCUCCGAGUAUGCGGGCGUUCGACGGAAGUAAACCAGAACAGAAAAGCAGAAGGUUAACAUUCGUCAAAAGCUUAAUGGUUGUGAUAUAGUGUCCGGAACGAGGAGGGGUGACAACAAAAAAGGUUAGCGCUUACAUUCCACUCCAACUAGCUGCCAAGGGUAGCCGAGGGCAACGAGCCUGUCAAAAAAAAAUGGAGCAAGACAUAGCAGUUGAUCGUAAUGAGCAAACGACCUUACACAAAGCAGCGAUCAUGACGUCAGCUUAAUGAAUUUGAUUCAAGGAAAUUUAAUUUUCUCCACCGCAAAGAAUAAUGAAACGAAAUCAUCGAAAGCAAAUGAAGUAGCGAGGUAGAGAAGGUAGUAUUAGUAGCGAUAGUUGCAUUAGGAACCCUGGUAGGCUAAGGUUAGGAUUAAGAAGCAUUGUACAUAUGACGUUCGUUUGAUCAUCGCCAUUCUAUAGCGACCCGGUCAAAAGUGACGCACGUGGGGGCUUUAACCUUCACGAGAGAAAAGCGUAUUACGUUGGUUCAACCGAUCUGUUGCUACACAACAGAUGAGGCAAAGCGUUACUUGUGUUCAUCAGACGUUGUGGACAUUGGUUCAAGAACCUCCAAGAGUGGAAUAUUGCUGCCGGAAAACAAUACUUGUACAUAGAUCAUUCAAAGGAAAU